CGUGACGCACUUCCUGUUUGUUGUUGGAGAAAGGAGAAAAGAAAGCGCGAGGAGCCGCCGCCGUCACCAGCGCUGCUGCUCAGAAGCCGAAGACACCGGGCUGCCGCCCCGCCGCCUCCCCGCCGCCGGCUCCGCAUCUGCAGGACUCGUUCCAACAGCCUGUAAAACAUGGUGGAUUACUAUGAAGUUCUAGGCGUGCAGAGACAUGCCUCCGCCGAGGACAUUAAAAAGGCGUAUCGGAAACUGGCAUUGAAGUGGCACCCAGAUAAAAAUCCUGAGAAUAAAGAAGAAGCGGAGAGGAAAUUCAAACAAGUAGCUGAGGCGUAUGAGGUGCUCUCUGAUGCUAAAAAACGGGACAUCUAUGACAGAUAUGGCAAAGAAGGAUUAAAUGGUGGAGGUGGAGGUGGAGGUGGAAGUCACUUCGACAACCCGUUCGAGUUCGGCUUCACAUUCCGGAACCCAGAUGACGUGUUCAGGGAAUUUUUUGGUGGAAGGGACCCAUUUUCAUUCGACUUCUUUGGUGUCCUAGGGGACUUCCACUUUCAGGCGGUCAGGAUUUACACGCAGGAGGAGCUGCUGCACGGCUGCUGCAUGUUUGGAGUGACGCUGCGGCCUGCUGGCGAAGACCCAUUUGACGACUUCUUUGGAACCCGGCGGGGUCCGCGUGGGAGCAGGAACCGGGGAACCACCUCGUUCUUCUCCGCCUUCACGGGGUUCCCGGCUUUCGGUGGAGGGUUUCCAGCUUUUGAUGCAGGAUUUACUUCCUUCGGGUCAAUAGGCCAUGGGGGUCUCACUGCAUUCUCUUCCUCGUCAUUUGGUGGUGGUGGCAUGGGCAACUUCAAGUCCGUAUCGACUUCUACCAAAAUUGUUAACGGAAGAAAAAUCACUACAAAGAGAAUUGUCGAGAACGGUCAAGAAAGAGUAGAAGUUGAAGAAGACGGCCAGUUAAAGUCCUUGACGAUAAAUGGUGUGGCCGACGAGGACGCCUUCCGGGAGGCCUGCCGGCUCCGAGGCCAGCACGCGCUGCCGGAGCAGCCCGCCGGCACCAGCGCCCGCCCCCUGCGGCCCCCCAGGCCCGCCCCGCCGCCCAAGCACGAGGAGGACGACGAGCCGGGCCGCCAGCGGGCCGCCAGCCACUGGGAGCCCUCCACCUCAGCAGGACUGAAAGAAGGCGGCAAGAGGAAGAAGCCGAAGCACAGAGACGAGUCCAAGAAGAAGAAGGCGACCAAGGGGCAGCACUAGAGCGGGCGCCGGCGCGGUGUGUGCGCCAUGGGGCCCGCUCCGCCCGCCACCCUCAGCCCACGGCCUCAGCCAGCACCCAGACAGCGAUGCCUGGGCAGCGGUCAGGGCUCUUGCUUGUUCUCAACGGGGCGGCCGCUAGCUUUGGGGACUGGCGGUAGACGGUGCCGGGCUGUCCCGGGGUGGGGGAGCCGGAGGUGGUGAGUGUAGUGACUCCAGUAACACAUCACCCCUGACGCCGGGCGGUCCUGUCCGCCACCUCACUGAGCUGGCACCCCGGCCUCGGAGUGGGCGCGGUGCCCGUCCCUCCUUCCCUCCCCCCCUGGCCCCGGAGCACGUGCCCGGGGCCCUCCCCAGCUUUGCUCCGAGCUUGGGAGCAGGCGGCUGCCCGGCCCGCGGGCGCCCGCAGACAGGAGCUCGAGUUUCAGCUGCGGACGCGGCCUCCUGUCUGCCGGCCUCGCUCUGCCUUCUCUGCACGGCCCGCUGCCCCGUGACGACCCUUCGCAAAGACCUGCUGUCCACCGCCUGCCCUCCCCCGUGCAAACAGCAAUUGUGAAACGUGUGGAUGUGACGUAAAAUGCCAGCACCUCGGGCCUGCAGCGCUGAGCCGCGGCCGGGGCGGCCACGGGCGGCUCCUGCGUGGGCGCCGAGGGCCGGCCCGCACGGAAUAAAGUGUGAGCACCACC